AUGCCUCCUUCCGAAAGUUUGAAUUCAGAAUUGGAAAUCUACGACUACCGACAUCCCCUUUACAUUGGCGAUUGGAGAAAAUCUAUCGCUUACCUUGAUGAAGAUUUUGCCAGAGAUGAUUUGGAUGAACCUCAUAUGAAGCGUAGGAUAACCAUCUUGAAGCAAUACCCAGAAAUCGAACAAUUAUACGGAUACGAUAUUAAAACGGUACCCAUCACCAUUCUAGUCGCCCUGUUGCAAAUUCUCUCCGCAUAUGUAUUUGGGCGCAUUGUAUUGGAUAGUAAUUGGUUGAUGACCAUAUAUUCCUUCGUCGUUGGAGGAUCGAUGACUCAGCUUAGUUUUGUCAUCAUUCACGAAGCGGCCCAUUGUCUCGCCGCUCCAACGCGAUGUCAAAAUCGAAUUGUUGGACUCUUGGCGAAUAUAACGAUUCCUUUACCCGUGGCAAUGUCAUUUCGUCGAUAUCAUUUGGAGCAUCAUGUAUUCCAAGGCGUAGAUGGGCUUGAUCCCGAUUUACCUUUAGAUUGGGAGAAGAGGUUCAUUCGCGGUAACACCUUUUUGAAGCUAUUGUGGCUUAACCUGUACCCAGUGAUCUACCUCCUCCGUAACGUCUCAAACUUGAAAAGUCCCCAGUUCUGGGAAUACAUAAAUUUUAUCUUUACCGUCAUCAUAGACGUUCUCAUAUAUUACCUUUGUGGGGUGAGGGGGUUACUCUAUUUAUUCCUAUCAAUUUGGUUUGGGUAUAGCAUUCAUCCCGCGGCGGCUCACUUCAUUCAAGAACAUUAUACGUUUGAUGAUGGGCAAGAGACAUAUUCUUAUUAUGGGACUUUAAAUAGUAUUUUCAUGAAUAUAGGUUAUCACAAUGAACAUCAUGAUUUCACGAGGAUCCCGUGGUCCAAAUUACCAGAAAUACGUCGGAUAGCGUCUGAAUAUUACGAUGAUUUAUCUUAUCACACAUCCUGGUUUAUGGUGCAUUGGAAUUUUGUCACCAAGAGACAAUUUGGACCGCAAAGCCGCGUAAGAAGGAGCGUGCAAGAUCACAAAAAAGGUCGCAAGAUGUUAGGUGUAUUGAAAAAAGCUUUAUCAGAAGAAUGA